UAGUGCUGUAGUGUGGACUACUGAAGUUUUCCAGUGUAUCCGAUUGCAAAAUAUGUUAGCCUACUGGUUUAAACUGGAUAGGAAUCGAGGGGAGUGUCAAAGUCUAGCUUUGGCUUGAAACAAAUAAAAACUAACGCUCUGCUGAUCUGAGUAUCUUUAGCGUAUAUACAGUAGGCCUACGAAGACUUAGGUCAGAAUCUGAGCAAGCAAAAAGAGCCACAACAAUGCCAAACGGUCACAAAGGCCCGACUCAGUCAGACCAUCAUGACUGUCACCAUGCUGGGGAGUAUGAUUACAAUCUGCUCGUUGUUGGAGGAGGGUCAGCAGGCCUUGGUGUGGCCAAGGAGGCAGCUAUUCUAGGUCAGAAGGUACUACUACUUGACUUUAUGACCCUAUCUCCUAAAGGAUCCACGUGGAAUGUCAGCAGCUGUGGUGUGAGUGUCCUUAAGAAGCUGAUGCACCAGGCUGCCUCCAUAGGCCAGACCUUGAAGGACUCGGCUGCCUAUGGUUGGAGACUCCAACAUCCUGUGUCUCAUAGCUGGCCUGAGUUGACAGAUGCCCUACAGCAGAGAGUGAAGGCUCUGAGCUUUGAGCUUAGGCAUGAGCUGCGGAAGCGUGGCAUCACCUACAUGCACGCUCACGCAGCACUCCUGGACCCCCACACUGUACAGGCAACGGAUGCGAAAGGGGAUCAGACAAGUCACACUGCAGAAACCAUUGUGGUCACCACAGGAGACAGGCCACACUACCCAGAUCUCCCUGGAGCCAAAGAGCAUUGCAUCACCUGUGAUGACCUCUUCUCCCUGCCGUACUCCCCCGGCCGGACCCUGGUGGUGGGGGGAACAGGAGAGGCGCUGGAGGCUGCUGGCUGGUUGUUUGGUCUGGGUCUGGAUGUGAGCGUUAUGCCGCAGUCCUCUGUGCCAGAUGGCUACGACCAAAAGGUGGUCAGAAAGAUAGAGGAUCACAUGUACGUGCAGGGGGUCAACUUCCUGUAUGGCUCCAUGCUCACAAAGGUAGAACAGAUUGAGGCUGGCAGUCCAGGGAAACUGAGGGUCACAGCUCAUUCUCCUGAACUGGGUGACAUACAUGUAGAAGACUUCAGCACUGUACUCCUAGCCGUGGGCAGGGAUGCCUGUACGCAUAACAUUGGCCUGGAGAGAGCUGGGGUGCAAGUCGACCAGAGAACAGGAAAGAUAGUUGUGAGUGAUGAAGACCGGACCAGCGUGUCGCACAUCUAUGCCAUCGGAGCUGUACAGGAUGGAAGGCUGGCUCAUUCAGGCCUCUCCAUGCAAGCUGGACGCCUGCUGGCUCAGAGGCUGUACGGAGGCAAAAACACUAAGAGCGACUACUCCAGCGUUCCCACGGUGCUGUUCACACCCAUGGAGUAUGCAGCCUGCGGCCUUACUGAGGAGACCGCCUGCCAGAGGUUUGGAGAGACGAGCAUAGAGGUCUUCCACAGCAACUACUGGCCACAGGAGUGGACUCUGCCCAGGAGGAACAAGAAUUCCUGCUAUGCCAAAGUCAUCUGUCACAUCUCAGACAAUCAUCGUGUGCUCGGGGUUCAUAUCCUGGGCCCCAGCGCAGGUGAGAUCAUUCAGGGUUUCGCCACCGCCCUCAGGUGUGCCCUGACCAAAGAGCAGCUGGACGCCACAGUCGGCCUCCACCCUGUGUGUGCAGAGGUGCUGACCAAUUUGACACUCACCCAGCGAGAGACUGAGGCCAUGCUUGUGCAGGGAAAUUGCUGAGGUUAAUGCCCUGCUGUCAUUCAGUUUCCCAUGGUAACAUCUGGUUUUUUGACAUUUGUUGCCAUGGGAAUAAUGUGGACAGCAGGGAGAUCCCUGUAUGUGGUCCGGGUGUGGAGUGAUGGACAGUGAGGCAGUUCUAAAACUGACCAAUGAUGUCCCAGCCUGGAGCCUGGAAACAGGUGGGCGGAGACUGAUGAACUACUGCCAUCCAACUAACAUUUUUUCCCCAAGUUUAGUCACUUUGCUUUCCUACAUCCAAGAAUUGUCCCUGAUGCAGUGAAGUGAAGUCAAGAUAUCGGUAGUCAUUUCAUGAAUUCCAUCUUUGCAGAGGAAAACACUGUGCAUUUUUGUAAUUAAUUUGGUCUUCUGUUGUAUUGGGUGACUUCUUGCUGUGAUCGGCAUUCAUUCAAAUUGCAGAUGAUAAGCUUUACUAUUCUUAUAGUGUAUGUUUCAGCUAAGGAAACAUGACUACUUCUGAAGUCAAAUGUGAAUUUGACACUAAAAGUUCCAAAUUAGAGCCUGUUGCUAGGUUACUAAAUUUUGAUUGGUCGUCAAGAGAGAAGAGACAUAGACAAGACCAGCGCUGUUCUAAAAGUUGAACAGAUUUCAACUUUUAGUGCUCUGAAAAACACACAGCGCUUUCACAAUGCAUGAUGAAAAUAACAGUGGACUAACUAUGGAUAACUUAGGAUAACUUGUAGACCAUAAAGGUAAGAGUUCAUUGUCCUAUACGUUUAGCUAUGUUCGCCAUGUCCAGCUUCUAAAUGUGAUGUGGCUAACAGUAGUUUAUGAUGUGAUAUAAUGUAAAAGCUUGCUAGGACAGACGCUCAAUGAGUUCAUGCUUUGUUUUAUCGCUGGAUUUUAGGAUAGUCUAUUAUGGCAACCAAUUGCAUUCCGACUUAGUCAACUCUAGCAGGCGUUAAAUGACUGGAAGCUUUGUGGAUUUAAAGAUUGUCGUAAUGUGCUGUCUCUGCUAUUGCUGCUUUUGAUCAGUCAGAUUUUAAAUCUCCUGUAGUGGGUUGGACAUAUGUAGUGUCAUCAAAAUGCCCACCCACGUCCCCCCUUUCCGCCCUAACGUUUUCACACUGGUGCCGGAACUAAUCGAAUUUUCGGGAAUUUUGGCAGUGUAAAAAGGCCUACACACACACACAGGUAGCCUACAUCCCUUUUCUCCACACACCCCAAUAAUCUCCCCCCAACACACAC